UAGAGAUAAUAAAGAAAAACUAAACGAAACGAUCGGAAGUUGGCAACAGGACCAAUUUCCCCAUAUUCGCGAAUAGUGUUUCGCAUCAAUUUUUAGUUUUUCUCUUAAAAUUGUUAAUAAAUUAUGUUGUCCAGCUUAAGAUCUGGAGUUCUGAGCACGUGGCGUACUUCGGCUAGGGCUCUCCAAACUAGUUCAGCCUUACAGCAUGAUAGCUUGUUCGUGCAUAGAGACACACCCGAAGAUAAUCCUAACAUCCCUUUUGAGUUUUCGCCGGCGAACCAGAAGCGAGUUGAAGCCCUCCUAGCCAUUUACCCAGAGGGCCACAAGCGAGGUGCAAUGAUUCCACUAUUGGAUUUGGCUCAGCGUCAAAAUGGAGGCUGGUUACCUAUUUCAGCUAUGCACAAAGUUGCCGAAGUUUUAAAUGUACCACGCAUGAGAGUGUAUGAAGUUGCGACUUUCUAUACUAUGUUUAUUAGACGACCUAUUGGUAAGUAUCAUUUGCAAGUGUGUACAACAACACCAUGCUGGCUGAGAGGUUCUGAUGCGAUAUUGAAGGCGAUCAAGGAUGCCACCGGCUGUGAAGUUGGUGGAAACAGUGCAUGUGGAAAGUUCUCCAUUUCUGAGGUGGAGUGCUUAGGAGCAUGUGUAAAUGCACCUAUGGUGCAGGUUAAUGAUGAUUAUUAUGAGGAUCUUACAGUAGAUGAUGCAAAGGAAAUAGUUGAAAAACUAAAGAAAGAUGAGAAACCUAAGCCUGGACCUAGGAGCGGUCGUUUCGCUGCAGAACCUCUUGGUGGAUUGACGUCCCUUACUGAAGAACCCACGGGUCCCGGUUACGGCUUACAGGACGCCCUCAAGUCGUAGGCGAAAUUCGUAUAUUGUUAACUUUAUUGUAAUAGGAAAUAUUUAAAUAAAUCACGUUAGAAUUUUAUUCUA